AUGCGCAUUAACUACCGCCAGUUGAACAAAGUCACCAUUAAGAAUAGGUACCCUAUUCCCAGAAUAGAUGACUUAUUUGACCAACUUCAGGAUGCCCAGUGUUACUCUAAGAUUGACCUCAGAUCAGUCAUGUUGUUUGGGUUGACAAAUGCACUAGCAGCUUUCAUGGACCUUAUGAACAGGGACUUCAAGCCUUACCUUGAUCUAUUCAUCAUUGAUGAUAUUUUGGUGCAUUCCCUGCCAUUCUUAGGCCAUGUGAUAUCAGGUGAAGGUCUUAAAGUUGAUUCUCAGAAGAUUGAUGCCGUAAAGAAUUGGCCCAGACCCACCUCAGUUUCUGAUAUAAGAUGUUUUAUGGUCAAGAGCAUAGAUUCAGCAAAAGACUACGCCAAGUUGUAUGUUAACGAAGUUAUCAGAUUGCAUGGCACCCCAGUGUCUAUUAUCUCAGAUCGUGGUGCUCUGUUCACAGCGAACUUCUGGAAAUCCUUUCAAAGAGGAUUGGGUACCAAGGUAAACCUCAGCACAGCCUUUCAUCUGCAGACAAAUGGUCAGGGGGAGCGUACUAUUCAUACUCUUGAGGACAUGUUGAGAGCAUGUGUCCUGGAUUUCAUAGGUAAAUGGGAGGAUCACUUACCUCUCAUUGAGUUUGAUUAUAAUAACAGCUACCAUGCUAGUAAUGGGAUGGCACCGUAUGAAGCCUUGUAUGGGCGCAGAUGUAGAUGUUAUAUCCCGUAUUUUGUACGUCGGAAUAAUUCGAGUUAA